AUGCUCCAGCGAUCUCUCGCCCGCACUGCCCGCUCUGCAGCUCGCCCCGCUCGCUUCUCGCCCUCCCUCGUCGCUGCACCGCCUCGGCUCACGCGCGGCUACGCCGAGCCGGCACCGACCGGCCAGUCCAAGGCGACGAGCGAGACGUCGGGCCCGCACCAGACGGUCCCGCAUGCGCCGCCCAAGCCGACCCCGUUCUUCGCGCGCAAGAACAUUGGCCUCGAGGUGACGCCCCUCAUGGCCUUCAUUGGCACGAUUGUCACCGUCGCGACGGCGUUCCUCGUCAAGAACUUGAUUACCGACGACUCGAUCCAGCACCGCCACGGCGUCGACAACGACGAGGGCCUGAACAAGGUGCUCAACUCGGACGGCACCGACCCCAACGUUCCCAAGUCGAAGCAGUAA